GGGGUCUCUGGCGGCCGGAAGAACCGGGACCCUGCCAGGCCCCUCCCGCGGGCAGGGCGGCCCCUCGCCGGCUCCUCCCCCGCCGCCCGCCACCCGCCCGGGAUCAGUCUCCGCACGCGGUUCCGCAGGUGGCAGCGAUGGCCCAGUCCUGAACUCCCCGCCAUGGCCGGCGCCCCCGGCCCGCUGCGCCUUGCGCUGCUGCUGCUCGGGAUGGUGGGCAGGGCCGGCCCCCGCCCCCAGGGUGCCACUGUGUCCCUCUGGGAGACGGUGCAGAAAUGGCGAGAAUACCGACGCCAGUGCCAGCGCUCCCUGACUGAGGAUCCACCUCCCGCCACAGACUUGUUCUGCAACCGGACCUUCGAUGAAUACGCCUGCUGGCCAGACGGGGAGCCAGGCUCGUUCGUGAAUGUCAGCUGCCCCUGGUACCUGCCCUGGGCCAGCAGUGUGCCGCAGGGCCACGUGUACCGGUUCUGCACAGCUGAAGGCCUCUGGCUGCAGAAGGACAACUCCAGCCUGCCCUGGAGGGACUUGUCGGAGUGCGAGGAGUCCAAGCGAGGGGAGAGAAGCUCCCCGGAGGAGCAGCUCCUGUUCCUCUACAUCAUCUACACGGUGGGCUACGCACUCUCCUUCUCUGCUCUGGUUAUCGCCUCUGCGAUCCUCCUUGGCUUCAGACACCUGCACUGCACCCGGAACUACAUCCACCUGAACCUGUUUGCAUCCUUCAUCCUGCGAGCAUUGUCCGUCUUCAUCAAGGACGCAGCCCUGAAGUGGAUGUAUAGCACGGCCGCCCAGCAGCACCAGUGGGAUGGGCUCCUCUCCUACCAGGACUCUCUGAGUUGCCGCCUGGUGUUUCUGCUCAUGCAGUACUGUGUGGCAGCCAAUUACUACUGGCUCUUGGUGGAAGGCGUGUACCUCUACACACUGCUGGCCUUCUCGGUCUUCUCUGAGCAACGGAUCUUUAGGCUCUAUGUGAGCAUAGGCUGGGGUGUUCCCCUGCUGUUUGUUGUCCCCUGGGGCAUUGUCAAGUACCUCUAUGAGGACGAGGGCUGCUGGACCAGGAACUCCAACAUGAACUACUGGCUUAUUAUCCGGCUGCCCAUUCUCUUUGCCAUUGGGGUGAACUUCCUCAUCUUUGUUCGGGUCAUCUGCAUCGUGGUAUCCAAACUGAAGGCCAAUCUCAUGUGCAAGACAGACAUCAAAUGCAGACUUGCCAAGUCCACGCUGACACUCAUCCCCCUGCUGGGGACUCAUGAGGUCAUCUUUGCCUUUGUGAUGGACGAGCACGCCCGGGGGACCCUGCGCUUCAUCAAGCUGUUUACAGAGCUCUCCUUCACCUCCUUCCAGGGGCUGAUGGUGGCCAUCUUAUACUGCUUUGUCAACAAUGAGGUCCAGCUGGAAUUUCGGAAGAGCUGGGAGCGCUGGCGGCUUGAGCACUUGCACAUCCAGAGGGACAGCAGCAUGAAGCCCCUCAAGUGUCCUACCAGCAGCCUGAGCAGUGGAGCCACGGCGGGCAGCAGCAUGUACACAGCCACUUGCCAGGCCUCUUGCAGCUGAGACUCCAGCGCCUGCCCUCCCUGGGGUCCUUGCUGCAGGCCGGGUGGCCAAUCCAGGUGGGAGAGACACUCCCAGGGACAGGGGAAGGAAGGGACACACACACACACACACACACACACACACACACACACAUACAUCCUGCUUUCCCUCCCCAAACCCAUCAGACAGGUAAAUGGGCAGUGCCUCCUGGGACCAUGGACACAUUUUCUCCUAGGAGAAGCAGCCUCCUAAUUUGAUCACAGUGGCGAGAGGAGAGGAAAAACGAUCGCUGUGAAAAUGAGGAGGAUUGCUUCUUGCGAAACCACAGGCCCUUGGGGUUCCCCCAGACAGAGCCGCAAAUCAACCCCAGACUCAAACUCAAGGUCAACGGCUUAUUAGUGAAACUGGGGCUUGCAAGAGGAGGUGGUUCUGAAAGCGGCUCUUCUAACCUCAGCCAAACACAGAGCGGGAGUGACGGGAGCCUCCUCUGCUUGCAUCACUUGGGGUCACCACCCUCCCCUGUCUUCUCUCAAAGGGAAGCUGUUUGUGUGUCUGGGUUGCUUAUUUCCCUCGUCUUGCCCCCUCAUCUCACUGCCCAGUUUCUUUUUGAGGGGCUUUGUGUGGGCCACUGCCAGCAGCUGUUUCUGGAAAUGGCUGUAGGUGGUGUUGAGAAAGAAUGAGCAUUGAGACGGUGCUCGCUUCUCCUCCAGGUAUUUGAGUUGUUUUGGUGCCUGCCUCUGCCAUGCCCAGAGAAUCAGGGCAGGCUUGCCACUGGGGAACCCAGCCCUGGGGUAUGAGCUGCCAAGUCUAUUUUAAAGACGCUCAAGAAUCCUCUGGGGUUCAUCUAGGGACACGUUAGGAAUGUCCAGACUGUGGAUGUAGAUUACCUGCCACUUCCAGGAGCCCAGAGGGCCAAGAGAGACAUUGCCUCCACCUCUCCUUGGAAAUACUUUAUCUGUGACCACACGCUGUCUCUUGAGAAUUUGGAUACACUCUCUAGCUUUAGGGGACCAUGAAGAGACUCUCUUAGGGAAACCAAUAGUCCCCAUCAGCACCAUGGAGGCAGGCUCCCCCUGCCUUUGAAAUUCCCCCACUUGGGAGCUUGUAUAUACUUCAUUCACUUUUCUUUAUUGCUGUGAAUAGUCUGUGUGCACAAUGGGCAAUUCUGACUUCUCCCAUCUAGUGGAAAUGAGCGAAAUCAUGGUUGUAGUGAUGUUGUUUGGGAGAGUGCAGUAGUAAUUGAUUUGACCCACUCACACUUGGAGCUAAUUAGGGUUUGCCCUGCCUGCAGCCUCCCCCACAAAUAAUGAACAGCAGAAAGACUGGCGGGGAAACCUAUCAAUCCUGCCCCCAGCCAUGGUGAGGAAGCCCCAAGCCAUGGUGACACACAGCAGCACUGCAGAUAGCCAGACAGAUGGCUAUCCUAGAGAGGCUGGCAAGGAGUUCAUGGCUGCAAAAGAAGUUUCUGGAGCAAGAGAGAGCUCGCACUUGGGAGUCAGGACCUCCGGGGAGAGCAGAGUGUUCCGACGGAUUCCUUUAUGAGUCAGUCUCUCUCUCCCUUUUAAAUGGUGGGAACCCUCCCCAAAACCUUACCCCAGACACAUUCUCCUGUGCCCCUCAGAGAGGCAUGUGAUGUGCAAGGAAAAUAAUAGGAUCUAAAACACAUCAAGCAGAAAAUUUCUUAUACUUCAGCUUCAAUGAAGUGUUGUCUCUGUUAAUAGGCAAGUUGAACCUCGGGCUAAAGAAAGGAAUUGUGUGGAUGGUUGCCUUGACUGAGACAAUAUGGGCAGGGGGGCAUUCCUGCUUCCCCAGAACAAGGGCAGGCUUCCCAAAGGCACCCCUUAUUUGCUGUCUCUUCGUGAGCGUGGGCACCAGUGGGUUGAUGUGGGAAACAGUGCUGGUGCAAGUGUUUAAGUUUUGGAUAAACUGAGGAUUUUGAGAAUCAUUAUUACAUUACAUAGCAACAAAGAAACAGAUUGAUAUAAUCUGUGUGAAAUAAAUUGCUGAGGAGAGGGAUUGUAGGGAAGAAGUUGCUUAGUUAGGCACCUGGGAAGCUCAAAUCAUUUAGUUUAAACUGUAAGUAGAGUUGUCUUCCCAACGGGAACUGGUGAUUCCUGAUUUCAGAAGGCUCAUCAGACCCCUACACCCAAGUCUUUUAACACGGAGGAAGUUUUUCCUUCACGAAUACAUACAAGAUACCGAACUGAAGAAAUCUUUUCUUUGCUCCAAACCCCGCUCCCCCCGCCCCCCGAAGCUAUUAAUAGUCAUUCAAAUGGCACUGCACUCUUUCCAAGCUUUCCUAAGCUAAAUAUGGCUCCAACAGGUCUGGGAACUAUUGAAUGCAAUGUACUCUGAAAUUCCAGCAGCUGUUUACAUGCCUGAUGCCUAAUGCCAUACGCCUGGAACUUGCUGAGAACUCUCGGCUGCCUCUGUCCUGGGGUACUAUUGCUGACCAGCAGGGUGUAGGCGCUGCUUUUGUUUGAGCUUUGUAGCCACAAGGUCUGAUGGCUGUUGUGAACAGCAGCUGACUUCAGCACUCUGGCCAGCUUCCUCAAACUUGUUAGGGGCUUGCAUUUUGUCAAUUUUUCUUUGCCAUUUCAGUCUUUCAAGCAGCUGAAUCACAGAACUGAAACAAAACACUUAUAUUGCAAAGUUCCUUCCCUUUAAAAUGAGUUUCUGGAUUGCAGAGAUGAUUUUUUAUGGUCUUAGCGUGCCUUAUGCUGUAGACCACAUCGUUGGAGCUCUGGGAGAGCUCUGAGCAGAGAAAGACCUUGGUGAUCCCCCCUGGCCCGAUCUAUAGGAUUGAGGAAUGAGGCUUGCAGAGGUGGCUUGCCCAAGGUCACAACACUAGAGGGUGGUUGAGCUGGGCCAGGACCCAGACAAGCCCUUUUCUCUCAGUCUAGUGAGGCCUCUGGGAAGGAUAGGUGAAAACUAUAAAUAGCUGUUCAAGAUACUCUGAGUAAAAGUCAGUGGUGUUAUCUGGAAUUUCUACUGAAGAGGAAAUAUAGCAGCAAAGGUAGACUCAUCAGAUGGUGAAAGUGUCAUCUCCUUUGUAAUUUAUACUGGUGAGAGGAGGGGAAGGUUGUGCUUUCCUAUUUUUACACUGGUACUUCAUUCAUCCUUGUCUUAAACUUAAGAAAUGAAAUGCAUCAGGGCACACAUAUACAUAGAAACAGCACAUAAGCCAUUUUGGAUGGCAAUUCCAGCACUCUUUUAAUGGAUUGGCUUAAUUUUUUUUCUGAUGCCUCUCUAUGUGUUUGAAAAGUUGUAUUGAUAGUCACACAGAGUGUACUAAAAUAACCUAAAAGGUCUUGAACCUCCCCUUUACCUCUUUAGAACCUCUGAAUUUGGAGACAGCUAGCAAAUGGCAACUGUAGCCUAGCAAAGAUGGCACAGCACCACAAAGGGCAAAUGGAGUCAACUCCCUUCCAUGCUCUGAAGGUCUUGGCCACUCUCAUCAGGGUUGGCUGUGUUCUAUCCAGCAGCUCACAGUCAGGAGACCUCCCCUCCUCAGUCCCUCCCAUUUCUUUCUUCCGCAAGGAAAGAACAUUGCGUGUGGGCAUGUGUGUGUGUAUGUGUGUGCAUGUGUGUGUGCAUGUUUCUUCUGUGCAUAGCAGCAUAAAGUUAGGAGAUGAUGACUCCAGAAUCAUCACACCCGCUGUGCAGGUCAUAGGACCGCACACCCGAGGCUGGGAGUCUAAGUGGUAGAUGCUUCCUCUCCAUGCGCAGACAGGGCUCCCAUUAUUUGCUAAUGCCUGCGACGUGCUCAGGGAAGGCAAAAUCUAUUCCAAAGGUUUAUUUUCCCUCUGUUGAAUUGAUUCUAAUCUACAGUGCUUACCCUGCUUUUGGCUCCUACGAGGCAAACUAUAAAAAUUCUCAAAUAAAAUACAGAGGCUUACUCUGCAAAGACACCUGUGUGAAUGACGUGCUAAACAUUCAGCAGAGACCAAGUUAGGAUCAACUCUUAACAUUUUUUCCCUCUUUUGUGGCUGGAAUGAGUUCCCCUGGGAAAGAAAAUCGCCCAAGUGAGAAACUUAUGCCAACCACAUUCCCAUGCCCCUACACUGUUACCUGCUGGCCCAGAUCAGCUCUCUGGGUCCGCAGAGGGCCGAGACAGGAAGCAUUAUUAAGCAGUAUAAUUUCAAACACUUUACUUAGUGCCACAGUGUGUCUGCAGUAUCUAUAGCUACUUCCGCUCUGUCAAGGAAUACAGACUGGCAGGAAGCAGAUAAGCAUAAUUGUUUUCCAAUAACUCCCCAAGUCUCUUGGAAUAUAUAUGUAUCUGAAUCUCUCAGAGGAGAGAGUUUUCUCUCUUCUUUGGCCAUUUUAGCCUAUUUUCCAGGACCUUGUCUAGCAGUGGCUCCAUUUUUCCCCGAUGCAUCCAACUUCCCUCCCUGCACUCCUCCUCCCCCACAGCUGCCUCAGGAAUAGGUGACCCUGCUGGCCAUACUGUGAAUGCUGUUCUUUCAGCUGUGACCAAUUUGGGGGUGCAGCUGAGAGUGAGGUGCUGUCAGGGCUGAAAAGGACGCACCUCAUUCUACAUUUGGAUGCGAUGAGGAGCAGGGCAGCUACCAGCUUGGAUCCUAACUUACAUUGGGUGGUGCAACCUUUCUGACGGGGCCUGCCAAACUAUCAGUAAUUAGCCAGCCUAGACAAUGUAGCGUGACUAAUUAUUGCUGUGUCAGAGCAAUUCAGGACAAGAAAAACAUAUCUAAACGAGAAUGUUUAGAUGUGGUGAGAAAAGAGCUCUCACCACAGUUUGAAACAUAUAAAAAGUUGAGUUCUUUGCAGGGGAGCCAACGGGGGCAUUGCGGGAAGGGCAAAAUUCACCCCAGACAGCCAGUGCUUGAUCUUGCCAAACAGUUUGCACUUUACCUCCAAACCUGCAGUUCUAAGCUCCUCCACUAAAAUAAUCAUCCCAUCCUCAAAGCAGACAAACUCCAGCAUCCCAUCGGUUCUGGAAGGAUUUGAUGCAGACCUUUAAAUGCACCAACAGAGAGGUAAGCCAAGCCCUCAGGAGGGACAAAGAUAGAUUUCUAUCUUCAGUGCUCUUGGAGGAUGUUUGCUCUUCAUGAGUGUUUAAACAAGAUCAUUUCCAGGUGAUUUCUUAACGUAUAAAUUCCUGCAAAAUAGGACCAGCUUCUAUAGGUAGCGAAUGUGUAGGUCAUAUAAUUCCUUGUACAGAUGUGAAUGGAUGCAGACUCUUUCCUAAUUUGCCUUGUAAGCCAAAUAAAAGUCUGUCUCUACUGUC